AUGGCUAAUCUAGCAAAUACUGCGUUCCCCGUGGAGCCCAAAGAUUUCCCUUCGGUGGAUAGCAAGGCUUCUGAUGUCACCUCGACUCCCGCCCAGGCCCAGGCAUUUUCUACCCAGUCCCAGUCUUUCUCCGUGCCCCGAAAGGCAGUGCACAAUGUACCUGGAGAGGAGAAAUAUGUCGAUCACCAACGCACAAGCACAUUGAAACAAAUGGGAACAGUCAAUCCAGACAGCCUCUACAAGUACACCAGCUGGGAAGAUCCAGUCCGCACCCUCGGUUCAUACGUUGGUAUUAUGAGCCUCCUCUGCGGAGCUCACUACAUGCCCCUUACUCAAACAGCUCUCAAGGCGGGAGCUACGGUUCUUGGAGUGGCCGCGACCGUCGAGUACGCCCAUCGCUCAUUCACUCGCAACACAAUUCUGGCCCGUCUCCGCCCAGCCGAGUACAAGAAGAUCCCAGAGCCAGUCCUCAACGACACACUCAAAGAUGUCCACGAUCUUGUGCAAUACCUUGUUGUCGAGGCCCAGAGAAUCGUUCUUGGCGAAAACUUGGGAAGAACCUUUGGGGCUUUCGUUACUCUGGCCACUUUGUACUGGCUCGUGAAAAUCGUCUCGCCAUUCGGAUUGGUCCUCUUGGGCGUCACCGCGCUCUACGCAGCCCCCCUUCUUACAUCUCGCCAGGGCCGCGAAGUCCUCGAAGCUGCCAAGGCUCGCACUGCAGACAUGAGCAACGCCGCUUUGGAGAGCUCCCAAGCACUCGCCCAAGCUGGAAAGGACAAGGCUGUUGAGCUCUCAACCGUGACCCAGCAGAGUGCCGCAGAUGCCAAGCGACGUGCCGGAGAGCUUGUGCAGGGCGGAACCAGUCCAUCCAAAGUUACAGACGAGAAUGCCGACGCCUUGAUGGAGGCGGCCAAGAAUACCGUUGGAAAACCCUCUGAUAAGACAAGUCGCGCUGUUGGUCAAAAUCUUGACCAAAAGACUCGCCCUAGCCAUGACACCGCCGCCAUCCCUUCGCAAAAAGAUACAGGAAAGAUGACUACCUCCGACAAGGCAAGCUUUCCUAUUGGUCUAGACACCCAGAAGACUCGUCCCAGCCAUGAUAUUCCCACCGUUCAUUCGCACAAAGAUGCAGGGAACAUGAAUAUCUCCGGCAGCAAGUCUGCGGGUGUGGGCAAACUUACCGACCCAUUGUCCAACCCUUCGACUGCAACUGGCGGGAUCGCAAAGGAGCACACUCACAAAUAUGCGGAGCCUGCACGUCAACUCCCCACUUAUCAAGAAUCGAACCUGGCCAACAUUGGCCUCGGCUCGGCUGGAAAUCCGUCUGUUGAUACCGGCGACAGCCAUUACGAGCUCAAAAACACCUCGCAAGGUUUGAGAGACGUGGCACAAUCGACUCCUAGGCACGAUGCCAGUACCACCAUAUCAGCCACCAGUGCAGCACCUGGCCUUGCCCAAGACGCGGAACAGGAACAGGCUGACAGCGGCAUCCUCAACCGACCUCGUGCCAUUCCUCCUCUGGCCAACCUCGACCAGACGUCCCCAGCAUUUGGCAAACACUAA